AUGAGUGAUACUUAGUAUGGUACUGUUACAGGUACAGCUUUUACUUUGAUAAACUGUAUAUUCGGGCUCUUUAUGGAGUUGGAUUAAGUUCACUUACACUUCUGCUUGACAGAGCUCUUGGAACCUAAUUUGACAAACUAAGAAAAUACUCAAGAGCUAUCAACUGAGGAUAUAAAUAAAUAACCAAAAGUGAUAGAAAUCAAAGAUAAGCUUAAAAUUAUUUUCAGUAACAGAUGUUUCAUAUACAUUUUGAUCGCUUCAUUUUUACGAUUCUUAGGAGGAUAUUCCAUAGGGUUUUGGGGAGCUAAUUUCUUUACCAAAACAUACCCUGAUGACGUUCAAUGGUACUCUAUAUUAAAUGCCUGUGUAACUAUUUUCGGGGGAAUGCCAUCAAGUUUCAUAGGUGGGUUCUUAGGGGAUAGAUAUGAGUCUAAAUAUCCUCAGGCAAAAGGGUAUAUUUCAGGAUUUGGUGCACUUUCAUCGUGCAUCUUUAUAGUGAUAUGCUUCUUACUAUAAGUAAAUUUCUGGGUCUCAAUUGCAGGAUUAUAUUUUGCUUAUCUUACUGCUGAAGUGUGGUAUGGCAUUACUUUUUCUGUGAUUAAUUAGAUCUUUCCUAGUGAAUUCUAGGGCGUAGCAGUGGCUGCUUUCUAACUUUUGGGAUGCUUAUCUGGCGCUAUUGGAACAUUUAUUCUGGGAGUCUUUGGAGAUCAUUUUGAUGUUGAUAAUAAUCCUGAUAGAUUUGGCUAUAUUUUAGGAACAACAGUUUUAUUUUCAUAUGUUGGCUGCUUUCCAUUCUUCAUAUUGAGUGGAUUGGAAUUUAAGAAAUUCAUUUUAUUGAAGAGAUAGAAAUCAGAACUAAGUAAAAAGAAGUAAAAAUCCCCAAACUAGUCUGAUCAUAAUUUAAGGGAUUAAUUUUAGGCUUCAAAAUCGAAUUGA